AUGAUAUCUGAAACUGUAUCUGAAGUUCAUUUGUUAAGUGGUGACAACUAUAAAGAAUGGAAAGAUAAGAUUCUCUUUCACUUGGGGUGUGCAGACCUUGACUAUACUCUUUGUAGGGAAGAGCCUCCGACACCUAUUGAUGCUAGUUCUCAAGCCGAGGUAGCAUUAUACAAACGGUGGGAGAAAUCCAACUGUUUAAGUAUGAUGUUCAUUAAGUCUUGUAUUUCAGCUAGUAUCCGAAGUUCAAUUUCUGAUUGUAGGAAUGUCAAGGAUUAUAUGAAGGCUAUUGAUGAACAUUUUGAGUCUUCUAGUAAGGCACUUGCAAGCACUCUAAUGGCACAAUUGUCAUCUAUGAGGCUUACCGGCAUAAGAGGUGUGCGUGAACACAUCAUGAGGUUGAGAGAUAUUGCAGCACAACUGAAAGCUUUAGAGGUUGAGAUCUCUGAGUCAUUUCUGUUGCAUCUUAUUCUGAAUUCUCUUCCUGCCCAGUACGGAUCAUUUAAGAUUUUUUAUAACACACAUAAGGAAAAAUGGUCCAUUAACGAAUUACUGGUGCUAUGUGUGCAAAAGGAAGGAAGGCUAAUUCAGGAACUUGGUGAGAGUGCACUAUUAAUGACAAAUGAGGGUAGUAAAAAAUAA